CAAGACACCAACUUAUUAAUGGAAACAUCAAUCACGCUGGGCUUACAGUUCUUCAGGACCACAGAGAGGCACACACAGAACCAUGAGUGAGAUGUUUGAGGGAAGUCCCAGCAGGGAUGUCCUGCUCCAGUUGCGAUGUCACUUUACAUGGGAUUUAUCAAGAGGGGACCUUGACUUACCUGAUUUAGAGAACAGAAUUGUGCAGGAGAUUGAAUUUCUGGACACAAAAUUCAAUGUGGGAAUACAUAGCACACUGGCCUACGUAAAGCACCUGAAAAGACAAAAUGAGGAAGCCCUGGAAAGUUUGAGAAAAGCAGAAGAAUUAAUCCAACGGGACCACACUGAACAAGCAGAAAUACAAAGCCUCGUGGCCUGGGGAAACUAUGCCUGGAUCUAUUAUCACAUGGGCAGACUCCCAGAAGCUCAGACUUACCUGGACAAGGUAGAAGCAAGUUGCAAAAAGCUUUCAAGUCCCUCCCGCUAUAGUGUGGAGCUUCCAGAAAUCGACUGUGAAGAGGGGUGGGCCUUGCUCAAGUUUGGAGGGAGGUAUUAUGAAAGGGCCAAAGUCUGCUUCCAAAAGGCCCUGCAAUUAAAGCCAGACAACCCUGCCUUUGUCACUGGGUUUGCAAUCGCAGUGUAUCGUCUGGAUGAAUUUUUCCGAGGAGAUCCUCGCAGUGUUUCUCUGGAACCACUACGCCAGGCAGUCAUGCUCCAUCCAGAAGAUACUUAUAUUAAGGCUCUCCUUGCCCUGAAACUUCAAGACCAAAAUCAAGAGGAGGAAGGAGAAAGGUACAUGCAAGAGGCUUUAAGUGCCAUGUCAUCCCGCCCCUAUGUCCUUCGCUAUGCAGCCAAAUUUUACCGAAUAAAAGGCUCACUGGAGAAAGCUCUUCAGUUCUUAAAAAGUGCUUUGCAGAUAACACCAUUAUCUGCUGUCCUACAUCACCAGAUGGCACUUUGUUACAGGGAUCAAAUGCUCCUGAUAAAGAGAACUACAAUAAAUCAAUUUCAAGGGAGACAACGUUUUGGAAGAAUGAUUAAAUCAGCCUUGUUUCACUUUAAAAAGGCAGUCGAGUACAAGCCUGGGUUUGUGUUGGCUUAUAUAGGUUUGGCCAACAUGUAUGCAGAAGCAGGUGACUACGUAAAUGCGGAAGAAAACUUUCAGAGAAUAUUGCACAUGGAGCAGCUUGAGGAUGUGAGGAAGCAAGAGAUCCACUUCCAUUAUGGCCGCUUUCAGGAAUUACACAGGAGGUCUGAGACUAAUGCCCUCACUCACUACUUAGAAGGAUUAAAAGUAAAAAAAGAGACGUAUGUAAGGCAGCUUCUUCUAGUUGCUGUGGAGAAACUAGUUGUAAGGCAACUUCGUCGAAAUAGAGACAAUGUAGAAAAUUUGUUUCUCCCAGACUUUGUCCAUGAGGAAUCUGAGAAGUCAAAGAACUGUGAAGCUCAGAGAUGAGAUUCUGGGAAUAAAGAAUCUUUGAACAUCCUGUGACAUGCAGCUGUCUGUAUCAAGUUUGUUUGGGAAAUCUGCCUCCAUGGUUAAUCGAUACUUAUUUCUUUCAGUUUUGCUUUUUAAAGUGUUUGACACAAAAUAAGAUCAGCCAGAUCACAGCAUCCGCUACAACUAUAUGUAAAAGAAGAAAAUAAAGCCAUAUGUAGUGAAACCUCAAGUAGUCUUGGAGAGGGAUAUAAAGGAAGCUCAUUUCAUAUUCAUUUGUCAUCUAUUUUCUGCUUCUACUAUAUUAAAUGCUAUGGGUUUAUACAAAAUUUUAUUCCAUAUCUGCUAUGGUGUUUACUUGCAUCUUUGAUGCUUAUUAAGUUUGAAUGAAAAAUCAAAAAGAAAUGCAGAAAGGAAGUAUACAAAUAAAGAGGA